UUUUUUGAAGAGAAUAAAUUAAAUACGAAAGGGCAUAAGCGUCAUUGUCAACACAUGUACAUGGACACAACACAACAUAAUUUACGAACGUAUGUGGGUUAGGUGAGCAAAAGCAAUAACACUCGGCAAUAACUCCACACAACAUCAAAGAAAUGGUAAACGUAACACAUCAUCCACAGACCACAAAUACAUGAAACAAGGCUUCAAUACAAGUCCACCAAGCAAAGCUAAGCUUUGAUGGAUACAAUCCUGUGCGAUGAACUCAUCCAAGAGAUUUUCCGGCGACUCCCACCGCCCUCUUCCCCCACCAUCUCUCUCGUCUCCAAACGCUGGCUCCGUCUCCUCCGCUCCUCCAAGUCAUCUCUCUCCCUCUUUCUCUCCCCUCCCUUUUCAACCCCUUCUCUCUCUGCCUUUCUCUCUCAUCAUCCUUGUCUCUCUUCUCUCUCACUCUCCUCCACAAACACACACGCUUUCCCUGAUCAACUUAUAGCUUGUGUGUCUAUUUCUUGUCCUGGUAUUCAAGUCUUUCGUGUCUUGGGCCCCCCUCUCUCUGUUUCUUCUCUGCUUUCUCUCUCUGCUUCUUGUUCUAGGAUACGGACUUUAACUGUUUCUCUCUCCAGGCCUGUUUCUUUCAGUUGGGUUGUUAAUUUUAAGGCUCUGAACAAUCUCUCUGUGAUUCUCUCCGGGAGAGAUUUGGGAGAGGUUGAGUUUGGUGAUGAGAUUGACUGUGAGACUGGAUUUGCGUUGGAGAGUCUGAGCUUAAGUGGGCUUAGGGCAGGUGAUUAUGGGCUUAAUUGGCUAUGGAGGAACUGUAAGAAGUUGAGAAUUUUGCAGUUUAAGAGCUGUGAAAGUGUGGGUGACAACGCCUUGUUUGCUGGUUUUGUUAAGGACCUCAAGGGUCUUCAAGAAGUCGAGUUGAGGACUUGUAGAAGUAUAGUUGAUGUUGUUUUGUUUAAUUUGGCUGAAUAUUGUGCUUCUUUGACUUCACUUUUGAUUUAUGAUGGGGGUUCACGACUAGGGUUGCUUCAUUUCAUUAGGCAAUGCAAGUGUAGUUUGCGAAAUAUCGAUUUAAGGUUGCCACUUGAUCUCGAUAACCGUCAUUUGCUGGGAAUAGCUGAAAAUUUUCGAGGGCUAUUGAAUUUUAGGCUUCAAAGUUGUUGUCUUGUUACAGGUGAAGGCCUAAAGAGAUUUGGGGUUGCUUUGAGCAAUGUUCUUGAAGAAUUGGUGUUGAUAAACUGUGAUGUUGUUGAAAGAGAAAGUGGGUUGCUUUCGACAUUAGGACAGAGUUUGAGGCAUUUGAAGAAGCUUGAUCUGUCUUAUAAUGAUAUGUUGUUGGAUAAAGAACUCGUGGCGAUUCUGGUCUCAUGUACUUAUGUACGUGAAUUGAAGUUAAAUGGUUGUAGUGGAUUAACUAGUGCUGCCACAGUUUCAAUGUCGAAGAACUGUAAGCUUUUGGAAAGUAUAGAUAUAAGAAAUUGUUGCGGGAUCCAAGAGGAGGCAGUUCAGUUGCUUGUUAUGAAUUCUCCGCGGUUGAGACGGCUAUACGUCGAAGAAUAUAAACUUUCUGGUGUUGUCAGGAUGUUGGCGUUAAACAAGGUUAUUGAGUUUAUUGACUGAUAAUGUGGCGAAUGAAGGUACAGCAAUUUAUGGUUCUUUAUAUUUGGAGCUUGCAAGUGAAACAGGUAAAUAUCACAGAACUCACUAAUUGUAAAUGUCUGUGCUGUUGAUUGGCAUGAGAAGUCUUUCUCGGCUUAUUAAAUAAAUUUGUAAAUUAAGUUUAGGUGAUUGCAAAGGAAAAAAAAAUACCAGCAAUGGUAUAUUCCCGCUUGUGGUGAAUAAUUUAUGAGCACCUUCUGUUCUUAAAGGGUGCAAGAUGAUUCCUUAAAAAGAAGAAAUCGAUUUAUGUUGUAGUAGUUAUAUGAUUGGUUUGUAUUCAAAUGUUUCUAUUGUGAUAUUCUGAAAACUGCUAUGCACUUGGGA